AUGUCAGAGUUGAAAGGGAAGCCAAGGCCCACAAAGAAGGUCGACCGGGCGUACGUUCCAUCUUCGAACCUCUCCGCGAAAUAUACUCCGAUUAACAAGCGUCUCAGGCCACUGCGAACAUAUAGCAAACGCGCCUCCUCCACCGACGCCCCCGAGCCUGAGGCCAAGAGACGGCGCAUCGCGGAUACAACUGCGGCUGGAACGAAACGUACCACCAACGCCAAAAAACCUCCGCCCCCAGCCCUGCCUCCCCAAACGGCGCAGAAAGGAACGCUUUUCGCCUAUUUCAAGAAAGUCGCGCCUCCGACUUCAAGUAGCACAUUGCCCUCUGAGCCAUCGUCCGAGGCAGCGGAGCACGAACUCGACAACACGAUAACUCCCCCAUCAUCCCCGCCGAAGCUCAAUGUCAGGAGGAAGAAGGCGCGCAGGCUCACGACACGGGUAGUGUCUCGAGACAUCGAAGAACCCGACGACGAAAACGGAGACAGUGAGGAGUCGGAAGAGAGGGCAAAAGAACUAACGGACGGAGAAGUCUCACCAUCUAGUAGUGACGGGGGAAUAAUAAUAAUAAUGGCGGAGACGAGUCCCAAUUCUUUGGAUCGCGUCGUCGAUGGCAGAAGGACUAAGCGACCAGAGGCUGUUGGGAAGCGCGGGAAGGAAACACCGGAGGUCCCCAAGGCGGCCACGGUGCAGACUACGCUGAGUCUGUCGCUCAACGACCAGGGGUUCACGGAGUGCAGGGACUGUUAUAUGCUGUACAAUCCGUACCACGAGAAGGAUGUCAGACACCAUGCGCGAUUGCAUGACGCGUUGCAGAAGGCGAGGUUGGAUGGCGAUGAUACAGUCGACUAG